GGAAAAAGUUACUGCAAGUUUCAUUUCCCCGUUAAUAUCUUCAUUCUUCACCCUCAUUGUUGGUAGCUCAACACAACAAACAACCCUGAACCCACCUCACUUUGCAUCAUCUCACGAACCCAGAAGCAUACAAUCACUCUUUAACACUCAUAAUCCACUUUAUUCUCUUUGAUUUUUUGUAGCUAAAUUUCAUUCUUCUUACCUAUUGAAUUGUUUGAGUCCUUCUUCAGUCUCCUUGUUUCAAAUGCUGGGUUGUUCAUGUUAAUUGGUUAAGAAAAACUCCAUUUUUAAUGGGCAUAAUUUAUUGAUGGAGGUUAAGAUUUCUACAACCCCAUCUUUUGGAUUUUCGUUUUCUCAUACAUUCAGAUUUGCACUAAUUUUGUUCCAGAUUGUUUUCCUUUUGGCAUUGUUCCUAUUUGCUAAUGCACAUGCGGUAGAUUAUCGACCACUGCAGCAAGGGGAAGAAAGGGAAAGUACAAUUAUUAAUUCACAUUCUUGUAUACAUGAUCAAAUCAUUGCACAGCGUAGACGACCUGGUCGUCAGGUUUAUUCCGUUACCCCUCAAUUGUAUGAAGAGUCUGGAGCCACAGAGUCUCUCCAUCGCAAGGGGCGUGCUUUGCUUGGUCUCUCGGAAUCUGUGCAGCAACCUGAAGAUGGGAGAUUGCCAAUUAGAAUAUUUUUAAAUUAUGAUGCUGUUGGUCAUUCUCCUGAUAGAGAUUGCAGAAAUGUUGGGGACAUAGUAAAGCUUGGGGAGCCUCCUGUGACAUCUUCCAUGGGAACACCUUCUUGUAACCCUCAUCUUGAUCCACCGAUAUUUGGGGAUUGCUGGUAUAAUUGUACGUUGGAUGAUAUAUCUGGAGAGGACAAAAAGCAUCGCCUCCAUAAGGCUCUGGCACAGACUGUAGAUUGGUUCCAGACAGCGUUAGCUGUUGAGCCUGUUAGAGGGAAGUUGCGGCUAAGUGGAUAUUCUGCAUGUGGACAAGACGGAGGUGUGCAACUACCUAGGGAUUAUGUAGAAGAGGGUAUUGCUGAUGCCGAUCUAGUUCUUUUAAUAACUACAAGACCAACAACUGGUAACACACUAGCAUGGGCAGUGGCGUGUGAGCGAGAUCAGUGGGGCCGUGCUAUUGCAGGCCAUGUAAAUGUUGCUCCACGCCAUUUGACUGCAGAAGCCGAAACAUUGCUUUCUGCAACUCUUAUACAUGAGGUCAUGCAUGUUCUUGGUUUUGAUCCACAUGCUUUUGCACAUUUCCGUGAUGAGCGCAAAAGAAGACGUGCGCAGGUUAUAAAACAAAGCAUGGAUGAAAAAUUGGGUCGUAUGGUCACACGUGUGGUGCUCCCUCGUGUUAUCAUGCAUGCUCGUUAUCAUUAUGGGGCAUUUUCUGAGAAUUUUACUGGUUUAGAGCUGGAAGACGGUGGCGGAAGGGGCACAUCAGGCUCACACUGGGAGAAGAGACUUUUGAUGAAUGAGAUCAUGACGGGGUCUGUGGACACGAGGUCUGUUGUUUCAACAAUGACCCUUGCUUUAUUGGAGGAUAGUGGAUGGUAUAAGGCCAACUAUAGCAUGGCAGAACGCCUUGAAUGGGGACGCAGCCAGGGAACAGAGUUUGUUACCUUGCCAUGCAAUCAAUGGAAGGGUGCUUAUCAUUGCAACAAUACCCAAUUGUCAGGCUGUACGUACAACAGGGAGGCAGAGGGAUACUGUCCCAUUAUAAGUUAUAAUGGCGACCUUCCUCAGUGGGCCCAGUAUUUCCCACAGGCUAACAAAGGCGGGCAAUCUUCAUUGGCUGAUUAUUGCACAUACUUUGUAGCUUAUUCUGAUGGGUCAUGUACGGACAUCAACAGUGCAAGAGCACCUGACAGAAUGCUGGGAGAAGUGCGAGGAAGCUACUCCAGAUGCAUGGCGUCAUCACUUGUUCGAACUGGGUUUGUACGUGGUUCUACAACUCAAGGAAAUGGAUGUUACCAGCACCGAUGCAUAAACAACACAUUGGAGGUUGCUGUAGAUGGCGUGUGGAAAGCAUGCCCUGCAUCGGGUGGCCAUAUUCAGUUUCCUGGUUUCAAUGGUGAACUGGUUUGCCCUGCUUAUCAUGAACUUUGCAGCACGUCCUCACUUUCAUUCACAGGUCAAUGUCCUAAUUCUUGCAAUUUCAAUGGAGAUUGUGUGAAUGGGAGAUGCCAUUGUUUUUCCGGGUUCCAUGGUCUUGAUUGCAAUAAACGUCACUGUCCUACUAACUGUAACAAACAUGGAAAGUGCCUUGAAAGCGGGGUCUGCGAAUGUCAGAAUGGGUACACAGGCAUUGACUGUUCCACAGCUGUCUGUGAUGAGCAAUGCAGCCUUCAUGGAGGAGUAUGUGACAAUGGAAUUUGCGAGUUUCGUUGUUCUGAUUAUGCUGGCUACACAUGCCAAAACAGUUCGUUGUUGAUGUCAAGUCUCUCAGUCUGUAAAAAUGUCAUUCAAAAUGAUUUCUCAGGGCAACAUUGUGCCCCUAGUGAACCAAGUAUAUUACAACAACUUGAAGAGGUGGUUGUUAUGCCCAAUUAUCAUCGCCUCUUCCCCGGUGGUGCAAGGAAGUUCUUCAACAUUUUUGGAAGCAGUUACUGUGAUGAUGCUGCUAAACGGCUAGCUUGCUGGAUUUCGAUUCAGAAGUGCGACAACGACGGUGACAACAGGCUACGAGUCUGCUAUUCAGCAUGCCAGUCAUACAACCUAGCAUGUGGGGCGUCUCUGGAUUGUUCCGACCAAACACUCUUCAGCAACAAAGAAGAAAAUGAGGAUCAAUGUACCGGUGCUAGUGAGAUAAGUUCGUCAUGGUUUAGUCGUUUUAAAGGAGGCAUACACCAUUCCGAUAGUUCCUUGAAUGAAGAAUCUGUAAAAUAUAGGCAGAAGCAGUAGUUUUGUUCCCCCCCUCCCCCUUUUUGUCUCUCACAGCUUGUAAUUUUUCUAGGCGGUUAAUCGUAGGCGAAAAGCAGGCGCAAUCUGCCUGAUUUAGGCAUAGAAUUCAUAGGUUUUUACCCAAUCUAAAUGUCAUUUAGAAACGAUGAUUGGGUACAAAGUUUUAUGUUGUUAGACUUACCGGAAUGGAAGUCGCAAUUGUAGAGAUAUCAGUGUAUCAGGAACGUACGAAAAACGAACAUGAAAAUUCAAAUUCUCAUGGGUAUGGCCGAAGGCCAUUCAUGAGAGAAGUUAGUGUUGAUUUAUAUUUCAAGUUUAUUGCUUCAUGUA